AGCAGGAGACCAACAACAGGAUGUUGAAGCUGCUAGUGCUCCUCGCUCUUGCCAUGGCAAUCCCUGCAGCGCCUUGCGCCAUGGAAGACAUACCUGGAGUAAGUAAGGCCAACAUGGAAAGACUACGUCAAAUAAUGGAUCCUCGUCUCAGGAUUGAAGAAUGGGAGAACAGUUUACCGGAAGCAGAAAGGAUUGCAGCUAUAGCUCACAGAGAACGAAUACAAGAUAAACAUCUUACUGUGUUCCUUCGAAGAGACAUUCCCGGUGUGAGCAAAGCCAGUAUGGAUAGGCUUCGUCAGAUAUUGAACCCAAGACCAGAAGGGCCGGGAGAUUUCGAGCAGAAAAUAAACGAAUGGAUAAACAGUCUUCCACCAGAGGACAAAGCCGCGGCAGAAGCGCACCGGGCAGAAAUGCAUCAAAAACGUGGACCUCCUCCUCCUCCUCCGUUCUAAAACUACAGUUAAAAUGACCCCCCCCCCCCCCGUCGCACCUCUGGGCCUGUAGUAAACCCCCGGAUGUCGUGACUUAUAGCUUGGAGUAUGCUGUGACAUGUGCUGACUAUCAUGGAGCGAGGCUGGCAGAGCGGC